CAGUGUCCCACCGGUGCCCCAACAGUGUCCCGGCAGCAGGGAGCCAGCGCACCAGGACAUGGCCCUCAGCCACCCGGCAGUGUUGAAUCGGCGACCGCUUUGAAUCUGAUCACGGCAGCAGGAGGGUCCUCAACAUCAUCCAGUGCUCGCGCUCUCAAGACCUCUGCUGCCGCCAGCACGACAGAGGCACCAUGUGAGCCCGACGCCGUGUCCCUUGGAAGUCCGCAUCUGAGCCUGCAUUUAGACGGCCACCAUGUACGGCAUGCUCCAGUACUACCGGAACAAGAGGAGUGAGGGCAACACCACCCAGGUGGAGGGCGCCAUCCUCACCCCCAACCACCAGGGCGGCCCGCUCAAACCGCCGCCGCUCAAGCGGGACAUGACGCAGGUCAACUGGCGCGAGAUGGCGCUGCGGCGCCGCAAGGUGGCCGACUGCCAGAUCAUCGGCUGCGUCGUCACCUCGGGUCUGCUCAUUCUGGCCGCGGGACUCGGCAUGUUCCUGGCCGCCUGGUUCGUCCUCGGCAAGGAGGACCCGUUCAUCCUCAUCGGGCCCGUGUUCGCCGGCUGCGGUAUCGUCGUGCUCCUGCUCAGCGUCGAGGUGUGCGUGCGGCGGCAGAAGGUCAUCAAACUCACCGAGGACCUCAGCUCAGACGAGGAGGACGGACACUACAUCGACGAGGGGCUCAUCAACUACGGCUUCGGCCACUUCCACGGCGACGACCCGGGAACGCCCAUCAGCAGCAAGUCCCCCGCCCACAGCAAGUCCCCCGCCUACCGUUCGCCCAUCGUGGUUCGCUCUCAGGCACAAGGCGGCGAAGACGACGAAUCGUACAAGCCAUCGUUUGACGUAGAAGGUCGCCUCCGACCCGAGGACCGGCCCCAGGUGAACGUGCUGGCGCCCACGCCGGACGUGCUCGACACCUCGAUGACGCAGGAGGCCAUUGAGAUGCUGCUCUCGCCGGCCAGCGGCCGCGGAUAGCUAGCCGUGCCCAGCGAGGAGGCGCUGUGGC